AUGGGAAUGAUGGUGACGCAACACUGCAUUCCAAUGACAGACCCAGUCGCGGAAUCUUUUUCUUUCAAACAGUCAGCCUCAUUUGCAAGUAUUUCCUCAGGAAGCCGUACUUCAUCAGACUCCAGUUUCACCAAUACCAGCGGUAGCAGCAGUGAUUCGGGCGAAAAGACCCUUAAUUCCGAUUGCACCGGCCUCUAUAUCUACACGGGUGGCCAGGUACCACGCAAGUUCUUUCCCAGUGAUGAAGAGGAGGAGGAUUGGAGCAUAAGCGAAAACGCUACAUCUAGCCCAGUCCAUUUCGCUCACAAAGAGCGAAUACUGGAGGCGCCCUAUAUUGCGACCUACCGCCUUAUAACGGAGCUAGAUGUCUGGCUGGAAGAGAUACGAAUACACACUGAGCUCGAGUCCCCUACCCCCCUGAUCAGCAAACCUCUGACCCAGUCUUCAUCGUGUACAUAA